CCCAUAUGGACCGUACAGACUUUGAACUUCGUUUACCUCCAACGAAGCGUUGUCGAUUUACUAUUUCACCCAUACUUGUUUCGAACCUUCCAACAGCAAAAUACUCCCAAGGGGUAUCCUAGUAAAUGGAACCCAAGUAACCACCCCCACCCCCAAACAAUCCCGAACUGAAAAUAACUGCCCGAUUGGAAGCGACUCUUCCUCUCCCUCUCUCUCUCACGGACUAUAGUAACCGCCAACACCCCUACAUAUACAACACUUCAAACACUUGAAAGCUUUUUUUUUCCUCUUUCCUUUUUUCAGUUUCUUAACCAAUCUCUAUGACGACAACCACCACUGGCUCCGAUCUCUGCUUACCCUCUUCGCCGCCUCUUCACGAAGAGAAAGCUCGCCGCAAGAAGCGUUCGAAACCGAUUAGGAUCGAUGGAAUGAUGGAACUGAGUUCGAGCGGCGUGGUUUCGAAGCCGAAACACUCGAAGAAACCCGACCCAAGUGCGCCCAAGAUCACGCGGCCCUGCAGCGAGUGCGGCAAGAAGUUCUGGUCGUGGAAGGCCUUGUUCGGGCACAUGCGGUGCCACCCGGAACGACAGUGGCGUGGGAUUAAUCCCCCGCCGAAUCUGCGCAGACCCGUAUCGCUACCGCUGAGUAGUUUCGAUGGUCUGGUGAUGAUGACUCAAGAGGAUCACGAAGUUGCAGCGUGUUUGUUGAUGAUGGCCAAUGGGGGCAAUGAGAAUGAGGGUAAGAGCAAGAGUGUUGCUGAUAGUUAUCAUCGAGGAAUUCCAGAUUCAGAAUGCUUAUUUCGAGAGGAGGCGGCUGAGGAGGCGAGUUUCCGGUUUGAGUGUUCGAGUUGUAAGAAGGUGUUUGGGUCGCACCAGGCUUUAGGAGGGCACAGGGCCAGCCACAAGAAUGUGAAAGGGUGUUUCGCAAUAACGAGGAGUGAUGGUGAUCAGGUUGAGGAUCACAGCGGUGCUGAUGAGAGGGAUAGCGUGGAGGACAAGGUGUUGAUGGUUUUGGGAUCAGGGCAUAAAUGCAGUAUUUGUUUGAGGGUGUUUUCUAGUGGGCAAGCUUUGGGUGGGCAUAAGAGGUGCCACUGGGAGAAAGAGGAUGACCCAUUAAUGCUAAGCCAGCAAGGGCUCAGCCCUUGUGGAACAAAGGAGGGUUUUGGGCUGGACUUGAAUAUGCCUGCCCCAGUGGAAGAUGGCUCCUCCUCUUCUAAUUUUUCUUCAGAAUUGACUUUGGAUUUAAGGUUGGGACUAUAAAAGUUAGGUUCUUUUGUCAAUUAGGUUACUUGCUAAACUGAUCUAUAUUGUAAUCUAGAAUUCUGUCACAUUGAUGGUGUUUGACUUGACGGAGAAAGGGAGUUGUUUGUUUUGGCUCCACAACUGGGAGACAGAAAUUAUUUGUUUCAUAUAUAGACGACAUAUGGAAAGAAAUUUCUUUACAAUAAAUUUACAGAGGUUAUUAGAUUGAUGUGGGUGAAUCUUUCUAGCUUAUGGCACGUAUUUUUUCUUUCUCUUGUACUUUGAUUGGGCAUGUGUUUGAAACACUUACUGGUCCUUGCGUAAAUUACAUUUCUGUUUUCUAGCAAGAUGGCUUUGAACAUGUCUUGUCGCUGCACCUAUGUUAGGAAUUCGUUGGCCUUUGCUCGAUCAAGGGGGAUUGUCCACAACCUUGUCAUCAGUAAUUUGAUCAACAGGGGUUUUAACCUCUAUGUUCUGGGUAUUGUAUGUUCCCCUCCCAGUAUAAUGGAGUUGUAAUUGUGUGGAUAUAGUUCAACAGCUGGGUCCUGACCGAAUAUGAUAGUUGGGGUAUGAAGAUCUCUCGGGGUUUUGUGUUUCGACUGCUGCUAUUCGAUCCAUCUCUUGGAUGUUGAGCUUCAAUUUUACCGUUGCAGUCCACCAAGUAGUAAGGUCCUGUUUGACAUUAGAUUGCGGCUACUGAUCCAUCUGAUAGAUUUUGAGUUACAAGCUUUUUGCAGCCAAUAGCUUUAAUUGGUUUCAAUUCAGGUCCACUGGGGGGGACAGUGAUAUGCAGCUAGCUGUUCGACCUUAUGGAUCUCUAGUGAGUCAUAUGAUGGUUCGAUUUGUGAGUUCUCAUAUUGCCGUGCAGCUCUCCAUCUUUAGUAUGUUGAAUUAGAAGCCAUCUGAAUGUAGUGCAACUGUUUGAUUAGUUUAAUAUUAAG